AUGGGACGUGAUUCGGAAAAGGACGCUGUCUUGGCCUGGUACAAAUCCAUUUCCUCCCGUCGUGUAGAUCUUAUUGGCGACUACGCGGGCAGCGAAAUGUUCCUUGUUGAAUUCGAUUCGCUCCUACUUCAAUGCUUUUCCAAUCCAAAGCUUAACUUCGGUAAUGGCUUUCAACUGCUCCACGCGGUAUACAUCGUAGAGAAGUUCCUCCAAGACUUGCUCUCAAGGAAAUGUCGGUUCCGGGUUGUCUGCUUUGACCAGAAUGAAGAGCUUUGUGUCCCGCCAAAUGCAGGUCGAACAGAUUGGCCUAAGUAUGCGCUGGCGCGAUCGGUUAUCUUCAGGCAUCUGGCACGCAACUUGAGUUCGGACAAGAGAAUCAUGUUUAAACGGUUUAAUUCAUUUACAGAUGAUGAGUUUGUGAAGUACCUCAAUGAAAGUGGCACUUACUUCGUCAUGUGUCACGAUGGCGCCAUGCCAGACGCCGCAAAAUCAAAUUCGGCGGCACUACGUUCAGAUAGCGGCCAAGAUCUCAAGGCAUGCGAGGGAGAUCGAAUGUUUCUGCGUGAAACGAAAAACUCAGCUUCUUCUCCAUCUGCUGGACACCUUCAUAAAGUUAACCUUAGAGCUAUGAUUCUUUGGUUCAUGAGUAAUCGGUACAAUGUUGCCCUGAUCAAUGAGCUACAAUGCGCAGACAGUAAGGCAAUGAUUGUGAUUUUAGAGUCCUCACGACAACAGGAUCAGAAGGGGUUUGACCGAUUUUGUUACGCCGCAGCUUUUCAUAAUGUACCAUCCAUCAAGAGCCCUGCAUUGGAAAAUUUGGGAGGGAUUUUUGAGCCGUCGGAAAGAGACGUGGUUACUGUUCUCGUCCUUCGUACAGCGAUGCAGCAUGGCACAAUAUCUGGUGACGAAGCCUCAGCCUUCCUCCUACAUACUGCUGCACUUCAGUACUUCCCGCUUGCAAACCGGAGGCCGUCAACUACCACAAACAACACUGCUCAGACCCUCAUUUGUUCAUUCGCACAAACUGCAGCUUCCCUACUCUGCAACAAAGAACUGUCUGAGCAGCUCGAUGUUCUGAAUCUCCCAGUCAAUCUUGCAGAUCUCCUCGAUGGGUUCUUGCUUGCUGCUCUAAUCCGCGAUGGCUGCUUUCGCCAUACGCUACUAGCCAACAAAGCUGUCAAGAAGAAAUACAACAGCCUGCUUGAUACAUUCGUUGAGGCCUCCAAGAAUGGUUUUGAUGGGAUAAUACCUAUCAGUAUGAUCACCGAUUAUCAGGCUUCCAAAGACUCGGUCCGGUAUCGCUACUCAGUUCCUAGCAAUGACCAGACUGUUCUCCCUUUCAAGAAUGCUAUCUUCGAUAAGCACCUUGCUCCUGUCAGCCUGAAGCUGGAUGAAAGAUGCUCAAACGAGGCAACACAUGACAAUGCCAAAGUUUUCCAAGAACUAUCGCAUUGGCACAAUCAUAGAAAAGCUCUUGGAUUGAAGACAGCGACACAGAAGCUCGGUUAUUUUGCUCGCCGCCGGAAUGAUUUGUAUAUGGCUGAAAUGCAUGCAUAUGCAGCCAGCCUUACCAAUGCAGCUGGGAAGGUCUUGGAGCCUGAAACUAUCGUUGUGAACCAGCGACUACAGCCACCCAAAACACAAAAGGCUCUUGUACUGGAUGUAUCCCGUCUUUCGAACCAGCUCGAGAAAGGAGGGAGUUCUAAAGGUGGCAAAAAAACGAGCAAGCCGAUGAAGAAGAGUGGGAAGACAAUGGCUCUUGAGGCGGCAGCCGCUAUCAAGAGAGCAAAGACUCAAUCCAAAGGAGAAAUAGACGCUGCUUACUGGAAGGUGAAGUGUAAGGAGCUCGGUUGUCAAUCUAAUCUGCAACUUCGGUACCUCACAGCCCGGGAUUACUCCAUGAGAUUACGUUAUGACAGUUUGAUUAAGCCAGAAGUGGAGCUAUACACAAUAGACUGCCUACUUCGGAUCUGGAUGGAACGUUAUAACAGCACAGCUGUAGAAGCUGGUGGAAACUUUGCAGCUUUGAUCUGGAACACACUUCUGGAGUUGCUGAAGACGAGGUCAGGAAUGACACCAGAGAUUUCGGCUUCCCUAGAGGUGAUCUUGAAGGUCUUGAAACUCCCUGCGCUCAAAUACGAGGCGGAGGCUACCAGUCGGCCACUCGAAUUCACUUGCGUAUUCGACGAGGCAAAGAUCUCCAGAAUUUCUGUGUCUGCCUCCAUUGACCGUAACAAAUUCUCUAUCCCAGGCGGUGCAAAGAUGUUCCAGUUGGAACAUUGUGGACCAUACCUUGAGAGGGAAAUUGGCUCAGCUAUAGACGAACGUGUUCCGUUCCGUCCCGAUGCAUGGCAGCGCAAGGUUCUUGACGCGAUUGAUGAGAACCAUUCUUUGUUCGUUGUUGCACCAACUAGUGCCGGCAAGACGUUCAUCUCCUUCUAUGCGAUGAAGCAAGUCCUCACGAAUGAUGACGAUGGCGUCAUCGUCUACGUUGCACCGACCAAAGCUCUUGUUAAUCAGAUUGCCGCUGAAAUUCAAGCACGUUUUUCCAAGUCAUUCAAACGACCGGGGAAAUCGGUUUGGGCAAUUCACACACGGGACUAUCGAAUCAACAACGCUACUGGAUGUCAGAUCUUGGUGACCGUGCCCCACAUCCUCCAGAUUAUGUUGCUAGCUCCCUUGAAUGCUGAAAAGGAAAACUCUUGGAGUUGCCGUAUCAAGCGGAUAAUAUUCGACGAAGUCCAUUGCAUCGGUCAGGCAGAAGAUGGAGUGAUCUGGGAACAGUUGCUGUUGCAGUCACCUUGUCCUAUCAUAGCCCUCUCUGCAACGGUUGGAAAUCCAGAGGAGUUCAGUACCUGGCUUGGGUCAACUCAAAAAGCAAAUGGGAACAAACUUGUCACAAUUGAGCACCACCACCGAUACUCCGACUUACGUAAAUUCAUCUACGCUCCUCCAAAGAAGUUUUGCUUUACAGGCCUACCGGAAAGCUCUCCUAUCCAUACGCCAGGCCUAGACGGAAUGGAAGCCUUUUAUUUCGUCCAUCCUAUCUCGAGUUUGAAUAACAAAUCUCGAGGAAUACCGAAGGAUCUCCAUCUGGAGGCUCGGGACUGUCUUUGGCUCUGGCAAACGAUGAAAAAGCACGCAACAAAGGAGUAUGUUGUUCCACUGGACCUCAGCCUCGACGCACUUCCGGAUGUGAUUAAAAAGAUCCACAUAUUCGAAUGGGAGAAAAAACUGAAGGCUAAGCUGCUGGAAUGGAUGAACUGUGAGGGCUCGCCAUUUGAGAAAGUUCAGCAGGAUCUAAGCAAAACGCUGGUCAAACCCAUCACCCGCAACCUUCUCAGCACGAAACACAUCUUUGGCGGUAAUUUUGAAGCCAGGAAUGUCAAUACAGAGAGCCUUUCUUCGAUCAUUCUCCCAGCGCUUGUCGAUCUGCAUGCUAAGAACGCCCUUCCGGCGAUUGUUUUCAAUUACGAUCGUAAUCAGUGUGAAAAGCUUAUGAAAGAUGUAAUGAAAGAACUGGAGAUAAGUGAAUUAGCUUGGAAAGCCACGAGUACCUCGUGGAAAGAGAAACUUGCGGCAUUCGAAAGGUUCAAGAAAGACCAAGAAGUGAUCAAGACCAAGUCUAAGGAUGGAAAGAGCACAGCCAGAAUGAAAGCUAAGCGCGGAGGCGACAACAGGAGAGAGAAGGACGACGAAGAGAGAGUGUCAAGAUUGGACAGUGAACGCGAAGCCGCGUCUGCAGAGCAUUCCAAGUGGGAUAGUUUCAAUCCUUGUGCUCCGAUCAAUGGCUUCCACUUCGCCAACAUGCAUAAACUGUUGCAAUCGGAGCUCAAUAUAUACAAGCAGCAACUUCGUGAUCGAGGUGUCGCAGAAUGGCUUAUCAGUGCUUUGAGUCGAGGCAUCGGCGUCCACCAUGCAGGUAUGAAUCGGAAAUAUCGUCAAGUGGUGGAGAUACUUUUCCGUAGGGGCUACCUGCAAGUUGUAAUUGCUACAGGCACUCUUGCGCUGGGCAUCAAUAUGCCCUGUAAAACUGUAGUUUUCGCUGGAGACUCUGUUUUCCUUACUGCGCUCAACUUCCGCCAGUGUGCCGGUCGAGCUGGUCGAAGAGGGUUUGACCUACUUGGGAAUAUCCUGUUUCUUGGAAUCCCUGUUGAAAGAGUGUUCCGUCUCAUAAGCUCAAGACUUCCAGAUCUGAACGGACAUUUUCCUAUCACAACAUCGCUCGUAUUGCGGCUAGCUACUUUACUUCAUGGCUCAAGCAACUCCGACUUCGCAAUUCGUACAAUCAACUCUAUUCUUUCCCAGCCUCGACUCUACCUUGGCUCCCCCAAGUCCAAAAUGGCUGUCCUACACCAUCUUCGCUUCUCAAUCGAAUAUCUUCGACGCCAGUCCUUGCUGGAUCUUGAUGGUUCGCCGAUCAACUUUGCUGGGUGUGUCAAUCACUUAUACUACACCGAGAACUCCGCCUGGGCUUUUCACGUCCUCCUCAGUUCGGGAUACUUCCAUGAUCUCUGCCAGGACAUCGAUUCCAGUCCCCAACAAACCUGUUCAACAAUUAUGCUUGUACUAUCACACAUCUUUGGUCGGCAACAAUGCAAACGCGUCGAUGGAGAGUUUAUCGAGGAGGUCGUGAAGCGGUCGCCUUCAAUCGUCUUCCUACCGCCGUUGCCGAAGGAAGCGGAAAAGACGCUCCGAGCUCACAAUAACGAAACCUUAGCAAUCUUCCGCACUUAUGCCAAAACUUUCGCUGAUCAGCAUCUAAAGGAUCCGGAUGACACGUUGCCACUGAGUGGGAUACGAAUUGGUCAGUCGGACGAGCAAUUCAACAUAACCCCAGGUGCGAAUCAGCACACAGUUCUUCGCUCCCACUUCGUCUCACUUUCGAGUCAUGGCGACGAAUUUGAUAGUAUCUCCGAUCUCUGUAGUACUGUACGUUCUGGUGUCUUUCUGGAAGAAGCUGUUGUGCCAUACUUGCCGAUCCAUCCGGAAUCUACAGUACCACUCAACGCGUACUUGUAUGACUUCUACAAGCAUGGCGAUCUGAAUGCCCUAGAGAAAGCAAACAAGAUCCGCAGGUCCGAUGUCUGGUUCCACCUGAACGACUUCUCUCUCGUCCUCGCAACGAUCAUAACAGCUUUGACCAACUUCAUAAAACCCUCCUCGCCAUCCGAGGCAGACGCAACUGAUCUGAAAGGCAGUGGUGACGUUCAUGAAGAAUCAAAGGACGAUAACACGACAAUCGGAAGCGACGAUAAUGCAGGACAGGAAGGCAAUGACUCAACCUCAACAAACGUCUGGGCUCCAAUUGGAGUUUGGGAUGAUGAGGAUGAUGAGACGAAGGGAUGGGAUGAUGUAGACAUGCGCCUACCAAAGGUACUAAAAGCAUUUCUGUGUUUGAAGGGGGAGUUUGAUGGUAAAUUCAAGCAGAUGUGGGCUUAGGCGUUGAAGCUGCCAAUGUAGACUUGUUAUGCAAAGAAAACACUGCUGUAUGUAUGAGCUACAUGCUAUUCCUGAUCCCGGAAGCUUGCUUGAGCCUAAUUCAAAAUGAAAGGAAACCACAAACCUAGUCUCUCGUAAUCAAAAAUGCCAUUAAGGUAUCGGGUAAUGUGUCAUGUAACAAGGUCCUGUC